AUGGCUAGUACGACCAAUGUAGGCGACAGAAUUUUGUGGACUGCUAUCAUUUGUACUGGUAUCGCAGUGUACUGGUACGUGCCAUACUACCUUCACCAUGUGAAGGACUUGGCUGCGGUCAAAUCACCUGAACUCAAGAUACCAGAACCACGUCUUCAACAGGAUGCUGAAGCGUCCAUCAAGUUGUCCAGUCUUGCGGAGUUGGCUCGUGGUCCAAACCAUAAUCUCACAGCCUCAGCCAUUCGCCUGACUGCUUCUCGCUUCGUCAAAGACGCGAAAGCUAAGAAGACACUGUUGCGUGAUCUCUCGAGCAAAGACUGGCACCGCCGAGAUAGGGCUAUCAAUGCUUUUCGCCUACUGCUCUCCCACCCAGCUCUCAAAGAGGGCGAUACACGACAGCACUUCCUCAAUCAGCCGACCCAUGCUGCCUUCAUUGCAGCUCUUGUCAACCUCUUGCCCGAACAUGAGCCAGAAAUUAAGUUUCAAGUACCUGCGUCUCCUAUACGACCCUCGCAUCGACCCGCGCACGAGCGCUCGGUAUUAGACCUACUGCUGAUUUUGUUGGAAGAGCCUAGGAGUUAUGGGGAAAACGGUUUCUAUAUCUUCGAUGCACAACCUGCCAUUAAUGCUGGUAUAAUCACAAAAUGGCUGAUCAAGUAUCCUUUUCCUUGCAUUAUGCCCGAGACUCGUCGAUAUAAUUUCCGAAGAAGCGACGUGUGUCGCCUUCUUGAGCCAGAUGUGUGGGGUUCUGACGAUCCCCAGAUGUCAAGGCUGGUCCAGAUGCUUGUGAAACUGCCAAGUGGAGCGAGGCAGCUGGCUGACGCUGGACUGCGAACCUCUUCCUUACAUGGUCGCACAAACAUCGGUUCUCGAGAAUGGGCUACCCGAAGCCAUCCUACCUUGGAUUCAGCUCAUCCAGGCUCUCAACCAAGACCAAUUUGGGGUUCAGAUGACGAGGCCACAGACGAGGAACAGGAAGAGCCUGGCCAAAUCAUUGAAGAGACCGAGCUUCUGGCUCGCUUACAAGGUUCCCAACCAAGAAGACCCUUUGCUAGGACACCAGGCGAGCAAUCACGUCAACGUCGGCAUCGACAGGCCGUGGUCGUUGCCGAGGCUGGAGCUCCGCUUCGACCUGAGAAUAUUCUUCAGCGUCAGCCUACAGAAACGGAGCUCACGUGGCAGCAGGAGGUGCAAGAUCGUCAAGGACAACUACUACGUACUACUAUCAGGAGAACUAUUAGCAGCGAUGAUGCUGAGGUGGAUCGGACUGCACGAGAGAGGUUAGACGGUCUCGAAGAAGAAAGAGAUGGCUUCAUAGCGUCUCAUCUGCCGGACUUUGACGCCAUCUCAUCCGAAUCGACGCUUCACCAUAUCCCAGCUGACGAUACACUAGGCCAAGAAAAUGUGCCACCUGCUUGA